UUUGACAUGUAACCAAAGUCAAAAUAACAGAAGUCCGAUUCGAAUGUUUGAUCAAUAUUAUGUCAAACUGAAUAUUAAGAGAGGGAUAAGGUAAUGGAAAACUUAGCAAAACCCCAAAUAAUUUGCCACAACGAAAAAUCCCUCGAUUACGCGAUACACGACGUAAAAUGGAUCCCGUGCUCGGCGAAAUUCGUGUCAGUUGGAGGCAAAUCAAACGGCGCGGGGAUCGUGGAAAUUUUCACCCUUUCGGGAGACGGGAUGCAAAAGAUCGACGAAUUUUGCAAAAAAGACCAUUUUAAGUGUUGCACCUUCGAUGCGUCCAGCUUGAGGAACAGACACCUGGCUACCGGGGACUUUUCAGGACGAUUACAAGUUUGGGAUUUGGAGGACACCAUCAGUCCAGUUUAUAAAACAACCGCACACACGGCAGUUAUCAAUUCGAUUGAUGGAGUCGCGGGGCAAAGCGCCAACUGUGGGGCGCCCGAAAUUGUUACUGGCUCUCGAGAUGGUUGUGUAAUGGUUUGGGACGUAAGACAAAAAGAAAUUCCCGUAGCUAAAUUCACCCCACUAGAAGGCCAAUCUGGACGAGAUUGUUGGUGCGUCGCUUUCGGAGACUCUUACAACAACACCGAAAGAGUUAUCGCAGCCGGAUACGAUAAUGGCGACAUUAAAUUGUUUGAUUUAAAAACGAUGAGCGUCCGAUGGACCAAAUGUCUUAAAAACGGGGUAGUAAAUCUUCAAUUCGAUCGCAAAGAUAUCCCGAUGAAUAAGUUGGUCGCAACCACUCUGGAAUCGAAAUUCUUCUGUUUUGAUGUGAGAACCCAACAUCCAAAAAAGGGGUUCGCGUAUUUAUGUGAAAAAGCGCACGCGUCUACGGUGUGGCAAGUGAGGCACCUGCCUCAAAACAGGGAGAUCUUCAUGACCACUGGAGGCAGUGGAUCUUUAUGUCUUUGGAAAUACAACUAUCCAGCAAAACGUGUAGAAAACGAUUCGGAAGGCAUUCCAUAUGGCAUCAUAGGAAAUAUCCAACAAUUGCAAAAUAGCGUUCUUUCUGACCAACCAAUAACUGCAUUUGAUUGGUGCGUGGAUAAAAUCGGAUUGGCAGUAUGCUCCGCAUACGACCAAACUUUAAGAGUUUUAAUUACUACUAAGUUAAAUUUAUAUUAAAAAAAUUGAUGAAUUUAAAAUGCAUUAGACUUGUAAAUAGUGUCUAAUAAAAUAAAUGAUCUUUUUAUCAGA